AGAACACGACAGAGACACUUGACUUGAGCGUGCGUGCGAGUGUGUUACAUUAUUACACUGCAUAUUUUCCAUUGCAGCAGUUACUAAAAACAACAAUGGUGUCUCCUUCUUCUUCUUCUUCACAUGAACCUGGUUUACCUUCCAUCACCGACCUCACACCACAACACAGAGCGUUUCUGGAUCAACAUUUCAAAACCAGACAAGACCUCUCUCUCGAAUCCACUCACCGUGUUCUCUCUUCUUCCCUCACACAACAAUGCUCCCACCUCGAGUCUCAUCUCCUUAACCGCCUCACCAAACGCACCGUUUCGUGGAUCUCUCGCUCCUUCAACGCCACCUCCUCCUUCCAUCAGCUCACCCUCUCGCUUCAGAAUCUCUCCCUCCGCACUUCCCCUCAUGGGGUUGGUUCGAAGAGUUUUAGGUGGGUGUUGAAUGAGGAGCUUCCUCGAUUAGCUAAGGAAAUGAACCGAAUUGACUCUCUUCGGAGUUAUCUAGAGACUGCUCUGCAGUUGGAAGCUCUGGUUGGAGAUCUUGAAGAUGCUGCUCUCUUUGUCAUGGCUUGCCUCACAGGGAGUAAAUUUUCAUCAAAGCCCUCAAUUUCAUCAAUCUCUGAAGAAAGAAAGCAUGACAAUUUGCUACAGGCCAUAAAAGCCAUGAAUGGCAUUGAAGAAGUAUUGAUCACGGUGGUGAAACUCCAUCCGCGGUGGCAUUGUCUUCUGAGGUCUGUUGACGUUAGGGCUGACAAAAUCUUGGCUGCUCUCCGGCCACAAGUCUUUGCAGAUCACCGUGCUCUUCUAGUCUCUCUUGGCUGGCCGCCUAAACUGCUAUCGCUGAAAAAUGGGUGUGAGCAAAUUGCUGGCCUUCCUAAUCCAUUAGUCCUAAUGCAUGAAGAUAAAAGAAGAAAUUACUCUCGAAGUUUUAUAGCUCUCUGUGCUUUGCAGCAUCUGCAGAAUAGAAGGGAAGAAAGACAGCUUAAUAAUCUUACAAAAAGAGAGAAGCACAAUACACAGCUUUGGGCCAUUAGUGAGCUAGUGUCUCCUAUGGCAUCAAGGAUGGAAUACCACUUUGCCAAAUGGACUGAGCAGCCUGAAUAUAUGUUUGCUCUGGCGUAUAAAGUUACCAGUGAUUUUAUUGUUGGAGUAGAUGAUGUUUUGCAACCUCUUAUUGAUAAGGCAAGGCUUAUCAGUUGUAGUGCAAAGGAGGCCUGGGUCUCUGCAAUGGUCCAAAUGCUUUCCGGCUUUCUAGAAAAGAAAGUUUUUCCCUUGCUUGCUGAAAGAUACCAAGUGAAGCAUUUGAAGCCUGAUGUGCUGUCUUCAUGGCUUCACCUCAUAGACCUUAUCAUUGCUUUUGAUAAAAAGAUGCAAUCUCUUGUCAAUCUAGAUACUUGUUUCUUGCCCGAGUCUGAAAGUUUUGAAGGGCCCUCAAGCAGCAUGUCAGUUCUAUCAAUAUUUUGUGAUAGGCAGGAUUGGCUGAAGAUCUGGGCGAAAAUAGAAUUCAAAAAUGCCUGGAAGAAACUUAAUACAGAGCUGAAAGAGGAGAGAGCAUGGGUGAUUUGCAGCAACUCUAAACCUGGACUUGGCACUGAUCAGGAAUAUGUGUUUCCUAAUAUAGAAGAUCACAAAGCUCCACCUAUUGCAAAAUCGUUCCUUAAAAUUAUCUGGGAAAUUAUUGAACGCUGCCAAACCAUGCCAUCCAUUUUAUUACGAGCACAAUUCAUUAGAUCUGCUGCGGGAAGAUUGAUAUGGUAUUUUAUGAAGAUAUUGCUUUUCCGGUUCAAGGGAAAUGAAUUAUGUCCUGAUAUUUCUGACGGUGUUUCUGUAAUUAAAGCAUGUGGGUUUAUAAAUACUGCUAGAUAUAUGUGGGUUAAACUGCAAGAAUGGAGUGAUGCUGUGGAUUUUUUGGAGAUGAAAAUUGCAGAAAAUGAUUCUACCAAACUCAUACAAGAUGAUAUAAUGGACAGUGGCUGCUUUUUUUAUGAAGAAAUAAAAAGCUUGUCUGAAAUGGAAACCAACUGGCUUAUGGAAAUUAUGUCCAUUGUUCUUCGAGAAUUUGAAACGCUUUCUUGGGACUACAUUCAAAACAAAGAAAAUUUUGAGGAAGGUCAAGAUGAUACAAAUCUUGUUGCUGUAAGAGAGGACGUUGAUUUAGCAGUCUCCAAUGAUUUUAUUGAAGCUUUAGAUAAUUUAAAAAGUUGGCUUCGUAUUGUGAAGAUAAAUCUCAAUACAAAGGAUUUCAUAGAUUUGUGGAGAAGCAUUGCAGAGGGGCUAGAUCAUUACAUUUCAUGCAGCAUUGUCAAAAAUGAGAUUCGGUUCACUAAGAUGGGCAUCAAUCAAUUUGAAGUAGAUAUGCAUGCUAUGAUAUUUAUUUUUCAGCCUUUUUGUGCUCGCCCACAAGCAUUUUUCCCUUGUAUUAAUGAGAUUAUUAAGCUUUUGAAACUGAAGAAAGAAGAGGUAAAGGUGUUUCUGUCCAAUGAUGAAAAUGGAUCAAAAUGUUUACAUCUUUAUGGAAUUUCUCAUCUGUCAGUUGAUCAAGUUCUUCAAGUUCUUACAUACAGAAACAGGGCCACUUGAUAUAUACAAUAAAGUGGUAUAUUGGAGAAGUCUACGCAUAUAUGCUGUGUGUAGUUGAAUGAGCAAAUGGAAUGUAAUGACCACGACUUUCACUUUUGAUGACUGAUGCUUAAUAGGGGUAUGGGAAGAAGUUGAGAAUUGUAAUGCAGAGGGACAAUUUAAUUCUGCUGUGAGCUCUCCCUACAAGAUGCAAGGUUUUGACAACAUCUGAGAACCCCCCAAUAUUCAUUACAAAAAUCAUCUUAUCUCUGACCCCUCAUCAAGCAAACAGUGCUCUGAUAUCAGUUAAUGUGCUGUCCACGAUUUCUCAUUUUCUUCCAAGCUAAAUAAGCCUCUUGACAAAGCACGUGUUUUUGUGGCUGAAGAAAGUGUAUGGAACAGCGUGCUGCAUUGGAAAAAAUGUAAACUAAACCUGCUGAAACUCAACUAGCAGCUGCAAAAUCUCAACUCCUAGUUUCUGAAUUCUUUAAUUUUGUAGAUUGCAGACUAAAUGGAAUUGAUUCAGAAGAAAUUUCAAAUGGCGUCGAAUGAAGAAUUUCCUGACUGAAAGUGCAGUGUCAAUUGAGCCUAUUUGAAGACAUGUUGGUGAGUUAGGAUAUUGUCCAGUUUGAGCAUUGUUUCAAACAAUUAAUUGCAGGAUUUUUCCCUGCUUUAUUUUUAAACAAAUACUCUGUACUAGAGCAUAUACUCUAACCCCCCUUAUUCAAGUAUAUCACCUAACUCUAAGUUAGGUGAUUAGAGUCCGAUGUAUCAAAAAAAAAUAGUAUAAGUUAGGCACUGAUUAUAUAUUAGGCUGUAAGUUAACUUCUAACUACUUCUUAAUCAGCCCCUUCAUUGCUUUCUUGAUUGAUUACAAUCAAACUUUAAAUUCAAGUGUGAAGUCUAGGCACACAAUUUCCCGAAGCAUUCUUUUCUAACAACUGUUCUCUAUGGAUAUUGAGCACUUUGCCAAGAAAGGAUUCAUGAUACUUACUGUAUGCAACUGUAAUCACAAUGUAAUCACCCUACAAAACUAAAUCACAAAAUAAUUGGUUCAGGCAAUCUGAUAUGUUCACAAAUACCAUUAGAUAAUUUCAUAAACGUUAGAAAUCUUUAUUAUUGAGCUGCA